CCUUUUUGCCUUCCCUUAUCUUAUACUCCUAUUUUUAGAUCUACAUCUACAAAAUAAUUAAAAGCUUAAUACAUUCACUAACUUUUUGGAAGAAAAAAAAAUGGUAGACAAUAAUCGAGCAAAAGAGCUCAAGGCCUUCGAUGACACAAAGGCCGGUGUAAAAGGACUAGUCGAUUCAGGGAUAGUUCAUAUUCCCGAGAUCUUUGUUACACCAUCCUUAACAGAAAAUGAGUUCAGUGCUAAGAAUCUUAAUUCUUGCUCAGAUGCAGUCAAUGUUCGAAUCCCAGUUAUAGAUAUGGAGGGUAUAAAUGAAGACGAUUUUCGACGUAGGAGAAUUGUAGAAGAGGUAGGUGAGGCAUGUAAGACUUGGGGAUUUUUUCAAGUUGUGAAUCAUGGUGUACCUCAACAUGUUAUGGAUGAGAUGAUUGGUGGAAUUAGAAGUUUUCAUGAGCAACCAAAUGAUAUAAAGAGGGAGUUUUACUCAAUGGAUCCUAUGAAGAAGGUGAUGUUUAAUAGUAAUUUUGAUCUUUAUCAAGCUAAGGUUGCAAAUUGGAGGGAUACUCUAGCUUGUCUCAUGGCUCCUAAUCCUCCUACUAAUGAUGAAUUACCACAAGCAUGCAGGGAGGAAUUACUUCAAUAUUCUCAACAUGUUAGAAAGUUGGGCCAUACAAUAUUUGAGUUACUAGCAGAGGCACUUGGGCUUAAGCCCAAUCAUUUAUUGGGCAUGGACUGUGCAAAAGGCCAAUUCAUAAUUAGUCAUUACUAUCCACCUUGUCCUGAGCCCAAUAAGACUCUUGGAAUCACUAAACAUACUGAUCCAAAUUUCUUCACAAUUCUUCUACAAGACCAAAUUGGUGGACUUCAAAUUAAUCACCAAAAUCAAUGGAUUGAUAUUCAUCCUGUGUCUGGAGCUCUAGUUAUCAAUCUUGGUGACCUUUUGCAGCUUCUAUCGAAUGACAAGUUCAAAAGUGCUGAGCAUAGAGUAUUGGCAAAACAUAUUGGGCCAAGGAUUUCAAUUGCAUGUUUUUUCACAACUCAACUUUUGCCAUUUGAUACACUUUAUGGCCCAAUAAAGGAAUUGUUGUCUGAUGAAAAUCAUGCUUUGUACAAAGAAACAACAAUAAAAGAUUAUGUGUUAUAUUACAAUUCCAAAGGACUUGGUGCUCUUCCUUCACUUCUACAUUUAAAGCUCUAGGAUGGAAAAGUGUAUAUUAUUUCACUUGCAAGGCUACCAUGUGUAAUUCGAGUUUUUAGGGUUCGUUUGGACAUGAUUUGUAAUAGAAUACGAUUUGAGAUAUGACGAACUUUAAUUAAGUUAUCUUGUAAGUUUUUAAGAUAUCGUAUUUAAUAAAAUUUUAUGUCCUUGAAGGACAAGACUGCAUGAUUUAGUA